AUGCAAUACAGAUCUACUCGUGGACAAGCCAAGAAUUACAGUUUCGAGGAUGCUAUCAUGACAGGAUUAGCUCCUGAUGGUGGCCUCUUCAUUCCACAGGCGAUCCCCGCUCUACCAAACAACUGGAGAAGCGCUUGGUCACAACAUAGUUUCCAACAACUCGCUGUAGAAAUUCUUUCCUUGUUUAUUGACGAAAAAGAAAUUCCUCGUACAGAUUUAAUCAAGCUUGUUGAGAAGUCCUACUCGACUUUUAGACAUCAAGAGGUCACUCCUUUAGCCAAAAUUCGUGAUGGACUGUAUGUUUUAGAGCUUUUCCAUGGCCCUACUUUUGCUUUUAAAGAUGUGGCACUCCAAUUUGUGGGCAAUCUAUUUGAAUAUUUUCUAGAGCGUCGUAACAGUAACAAUGGGGUCAAGGAUACUCAUCGAUUAACAGUAGUUGGUGCUACAUCCGGAGAUACUGGAAGUGCUGCCAUUUAUGGCCUUAGAAAUAAGAAAAAUAUCUCUGUUUUCAUUCUUCAUCCGCAUGGUCGUGUCAGUCCUAUUCAAGAAGCUCAAAUGACGACUGUUUUAGAUAAGAAUGUUCACAACUUCUCUGUAGAAGGCACAUUUGAUGAUUGUCAAGACAUUGUGAAACAGUUGUUCGGUAACAAGGAGUUUAAUGAUCGUCACCAUUUGGGUGCUGUUAAUUCGAUCAACUGGGCUCGUAUCUUGGCUCAAACUGUUUAUUAUUUCCAAGCUUACUUCAGUCUGCUUCGAUCCCUCAAUAUUGACCCUGCCUCCUCAGAGGCAGAUGCGAUCAAACUUGAUUUUUCAGUACCCACUGGAAAUUUCGGUGACGUUUUAGCCGGCUACUACGCUUACAGAAUGGGUCUUCCUGCAAAUAAGUUACUGAUUGCUACGAACGAGAAUGAUAUCCUUUUCCGUUUCUUCGCCUCGCAUGCUUAUGAAAAGCAAACUGGCCCUGAUGGUGCCGUGAAAGCUACUUUAUCACCAGCUAUGGACAUUUUAGUAUCUUCCAACUUUGAACGGUUACUUUGGUAUCUCGUCAGAGAAACUGACACAGAAGAUGAAGGUAAAGAUGUGUCAAAUGAAGCUUUGAAUGAUAAAGCUGGCCAAACGAUUGCUGGUUGGAUGCAAGAGUUGAAGGAAAAUGGCAUCUUCCGCACUUCAAGUGAGGUUGUUUCUAAAGCACGUGAAAUAUUUGAUGCUGCCCGUGUGGAUGACGUUGAAACAUCAAGAACGAUUCGUGCCUUCUACGAACCUGCCAGCGACUGUAAUCAAGAACCUAAUAAUCAGUCUCCUUACGUCUUGGACCCUCACACUGCUGUAGGAGUGGCUGCUGCAGAACAGUUUAUACAACGUGAAAAUAUAAAGACAUAUCCUUCAGGUGCUGAUGUACUGAUAUGUUUGGCGACAGCUCAUCCUGCUAAAUUUUCUGAAGCCGUGGAAGCAUCUCUCAAUACUUGCGCUGAAUUCAAUUUUGAAAAGGAUGUUCUACCCACAGAAUUUAAGGGUUUAUUAGAAAAGGAACGCAAUGUUACUAGAGUCGAACGCGCUGAUCCUGCUUUGGUGAUGGAGAAGAUUGAAAAAGAAUUACGUGAAGAAGGUGUCAUAUUUUAG